UAAGCACAGGAGCUGAGCCGUUCUGCGUUUCUGCUCUGCUCCUGCUGCCCCCUGGGCUCCGUGCAGCCCCGCGUCACAAUGGGGCAUGGCGCCGGGACACGCCGGCGCUUGUGACCUCAGCGGGCCAGUGCCUGCCGAGGGAAUGGCUCCGCCAGAGGGAAUCCUCUCAUCCGAGGAGAUCUGCCUGGAGUGGCAGCAGAGACAGGGCCCUGGAGCUGGCCUCUACAACAUGGGCGAGACCUGCUUCAUCAACUCUGUCCUGCAGUGCCUGACCUACACCCCCCCUCUGGCCAACUACUUCCUCUCCGGGCUGCACAGGCGCUCCUGCCAGCAGCAAGUCUUCUGCAUGAUGUGCACGAUGGAAGCACACAUCUGUGACGUCCUGCAGGCUGCAGGCAGCGUCCUGCAGCCCCUGAGUGUCCUCAAGAGCCUCCAGUGUGUUGGAGAGCUGUACCUGGAUGGCAGGCAGGAGGAUGCACAUGAGUUCUUCUGCUUCCUGCUGAUGGCCAUGCAGGCAGCGUGUCCAGCUGAGAGCAGCAGCCUGGAGCUCUGCUUGCCCUCCAGGAACAUCAUCCAGCAAAUAUUCGAGGGCCUUCUGAGAUCCAGACUCACCUGCCUGAGCUGCGACGCUGUCUCCGAUUCCUACGAGCCCUUCCUGAAUGUCCCUUUGGAUAUCGGGGGAGCCUCAUCUGUCAGCGCAGCUCUGCAGGGCUUCGUGCAGCCGGAGCUGCUGGACGGAGCAAACUGCAUCAGAUGCAGGAGCUGUGACACUGUGGCUGCAGCCUCCAAGGGGUUCAGCAUCCAAGACGCGCCCCCGGUCCUGACGCUGGCUCUGAAGAGGUUUGGCAUGACCGGCAGAAAGCUCAGCAAGGCUGUGGAGUUCCCCCUGAGCCUGGACCUUCGCCCAUACAUGUCCCAGGCACGGGGAGAGCCGUGCCUGUACAGCCUCUACGCUGUGCUGGUGCACAGAGGCGGCGGCAGUGCCAGCGGGCACUACUUCUGCUACGUAAAGGCCAGCAACGGGCUGUGGUACCGGAUGGACGACACCUCCGUGACGCCCUGCGCCGUGGGCACCGUGCUGCGGCAGCAAGCCUACCUGCUGUUCUACGUCAGGUGCUCUGCUCCAGACACUGCAGAGACCACUGCUUCAUCUCCAGAGUCACCACAGGCACAGGCAGAGCACCUUAGUGCCUGUGAGGCUGGCAGUGGGCAGCUGGCUUCUCCCCACUGCCAGAGACGCAACGGCGCCAGGAAGAGGCUGCGGAGCAGAUCCUUGCAGCAGGACAAUGAUCCCUGUGGCAGCGCUUCCACGGACACCACAGGCUGCAGCCCACCAGCAGGGAGAAGGAGGAGGACUGAUCCUCCAACCCCUGACGGUGCUCCCAGGGAAGUAGCAACAACAGGGCCCUCCCCUGACAGCCCCAAGCAGGAUCCUGUGCCCACAGCUACUGUUGAACAGACUCAGCUGGGCACAGGCUGCAGCCCAUCAGCAGGGAGGAGGACUGAUCCUCCAAACCCUGAUGGUGCUUCCAGGGAAGUAGCAACAGCAGGGCCCUCCCCUGACAGCCCCAAGCAGGUUCCUGUGCCCACAGCUACUGUUGAACAGACUCGGCUGGGCACAGGCUGCAGCCCACCAGCAGGGAGGAGGACUGAUCCUCCAACCCCUGACGGUGCUUCCAGGGAAGUAGCAACAGCAGGGCCCUCCCCUGACAGCCCCAAGCAGGUUCCUGUGCCCACAGCUGCUGUUGAACAGACUCAGCUGGGCACAGGCUGCAGCCCACCAGCAGGGAGAAGGAGGAGGACUGAUCCUCCAAACCCUGACGGGGCUUCCAGGGAAGUAGCAACAGCAGGGCCCUCCCCUGACAGCCCCAAGCAGGUUCCUGUGCCCACAGCUGCUGUUGAACAGACUCAGCUGGGCACAGGCUGCAGCCAACCAGCAGGGAGGAAGAGGAAGGCUGAUCCUCCUAACCCUGACGGUGCCCCCAAACGCAUCAGAACAGCAGGACCCUUAUCCAAGGCUGCAGAUUACUUUAAAUCCCUUCUUCACGAUGGCCUCUGUGUCCUGCUUGAAUGGGGGAUGAAGAAAGCUCACUCCAAAUCCCUUCUUCUCCCCGGCCUCCAUGUCCAGCUUGAAUGGGGGAAGAAGAAAGCUCACUCCAAAUCCCUUCUUCUCCCUGGCCUCCAUGUCCAGCUGGAAUGGGGGAAGAAGAAAGCUCACUCCGUUCUUUCCUCUGGCCUCCAUGUCCAGCUGGAAUGCGGAAAGAAAGCUCAACCCUGUCCUGCACAGCCUCCCCGCAGAGGCUCCCGCUUCUCCAGGAAGGGGAGGUGA